CCUUGAGCAUCAGGGGCUUGCUCUGCAGGUUUGUAGGUGCAUGUAUUUGAGCCAGGUUUUGAAGCAGAUCAGGGCAGUGUCAUCUUCAGGAGUGCUAGGAGCUCUGUCUAGGUAUUUGGGAUUUUGCAUGCAGGUCUUUCAGUGUUUAGGCAGUGUCUUGUGUUUUGUCAACCGGAGCCAGAAUGUCCUUUUAUCAGCACGGCUUGUUCUACAGCACCAGUACGGGCAAGACCGAGGAAGUGGCCGACCUGAUCCAAGAGAAAAUCGGCUCCGCGGCCCCACAGGACAUCGCUGAUGUGGACGUGUCCAGCCUGGCGUCCUAUGACGGCCUCAUCGUGGGCGCUCCAACCUGGAACACCGGCGCUGACUCUGAGCGCAGCGGCACUAGCUGGGACGAUGUUCUGGGCAACAUUGCAGGGCUGGACUUGAAGGGCAAGCCGGUGGCGGUGUUUGGUCUGGGGGACAGCAUUGGAUAUGGCGAGUACUUCUGUGAUGCCAUGGAGGAGCUCUACUCCAGCUUCAAGGCCAGCGGCGCCAAAAUGGUGGGCCACUGGCCAGCCGACGGCUACCAGCACGAAGACUCCAAGGCGUUGCUGGGGGACGGCAGCUUUUGUGGCCUGCCGCUGGACCAGGACAACGAGGAUGACAAGACCGAGGAGCGCAUCGAGGGCUGGGUCGCACAGCUCAAGAACGAGGGGUUCUAA